AAUAGAGACCAGUGGGUCACCACUGAACUUUGUAAGGAGCCGUUCGACUCUACAAAAACAAAGUGUCAUAUUUCUAGAACGAGACAAAAUGGCUGCGUUCAGUUUAGUGUCCAGUAUUUGUCUGUUAGUUGCCAUUGCAACUGGAAGUGGAUUGGCAGAGUGUCCGGAUGAGUGGGUAUCUUUCCAGGAAUCAUGUUACUACUUCGUUAAUAACCAUACAACAUGGCACGCUUCUUCUGCAUACUGUCAAAGUCAGCAGUCUGAGAUUGUAGCUGUGGACUCCCAAGCCGAAAAUGACUUUCUGGUGAGGUAUAUGCGUCGCUUGGGAUGUGCCUUCAAUACUCUGUUCUGGAUCGGUGCGACUGAUAUGAUUACGGACGGUGUUUGGGUAUGGACCUCCUCGCUGUCUCCACUUUCCUACUUUAACUGGGGUCCCAAUGAACCGAACGGCCUGACCAACGAAGACUGCAUCAGCGUUACACAUGACUCUGGGACGUGGAACGACUUCUCAUGUAGAGCCCCCUUAUACUAUGUCUGCGAAUUAAAGUUGUUUAUACUACAUCUGGUGGAAGUAAUAGAUGGUGUCACAGGACCUGAUGUAUUGAUUUAUUGCCAUAAUUUUUCAUUUUCUGUGACUGUGUUCAACGUCAACCGGAUGUUGUUUUUUGAGAUUCGCGAUUUUGUUUUGCUAACCCAACAAAGUUGUGUUUCUAAUUCCUCCUCAACGGAAUGGUUGACAUUAGAAUGAAGUAUAUCCAUGGAAAGCUUAAUUAAUUUAAUUUUGUAGGGGGGUAAUCUUAUUGCGGUGAGUUAUUAUUAAUUUGUGUUAUUUUUGUUUCAAAAAGAGCUAAUGUUUGUAUCACUUUGCGUCGGAAAUGGCGUCAUUUUCAGU